CUCCAUUCCCCCCCACCCGCCCCAACUAUGAACUCUAUCGUCACUCCCAGAGACGAUCAUCCGGCGGAUCCCUAAUCUCCACCCCCCAAUGAAGCCCGAGGACCUUCUUCAACCUCUUUUUGCCGCCCGAACCCCCAAGUGCAGCCUCGGCUGUCCGGUUCUCGACCGCCUCCUCGGCGGCGGCGUCCCUUGCAACUCCAUCACUGAGAUAGUGUCCGAGAGCGGCUGCGGCAAAACCCAAAUCUCCCUCCAGCUCCUCCUCACCGCCCAGCUCCCCGUCUCCCACGGCGGUCUCUCCGCCUCUUCUCUCUACCUCUAUUCCGAACCUCCUUUCCCACUGCGCCGCCUCUCCCAGCUGUCCCUUUCUUUCCCUUCUCUCCAUAACCCCUUGGACAAAAUCCUCACCCACCCAUUACACUCCGCACACCACCUGCUCGACCUAUUGCCCCGAAUUGACUGGAUGCUGUCCCGGCCUCCCAAUGGCGAUUCCCCUAUCAGGUUAGUAGUUAUUGACUCAAUAGGGGCACUCUUUCGCCAUGAAUUUGACAACAAGCCUCUUGAGCUCAAGCAAAGGUCGGAUAUUUUCUUCAAGAUUUCGGGCAAAUUAAAGGAACAAGCUUGUAGGUUCGGUUUGGCUGUUGUGGUGAUUAACCAGGUUGUGGAUGUGGUGAAUGCUUCUGAAUCAAUUCGGAUUGGAAAUUCUGCGUCCCUUUACACUUCUGGAAGGAAUGUCAGCGCUGUUCUUGGGUUAUCUUGGGCCAAUUGUGUGAACACGAGGCUGUUUAUGUCCAAGCAUGAGGAGAGGGUUGGAGAAGACAGAGAUGGCUGUGUUCUUACCCGGAAAAGAAGGUUUAUUCGCGUCGUUUUUUCACCCUAUCUGCCUGACUCUACUUGCGAGUUUGUUAUUAGAAGAGAAGGGGUUUUUGGAGUUGAAAGAUAGCAAUUCUGUUUCAAAACCUGCUUCGGUACCAAGUAAUGUACAAAUGGCAUGCUCAACAAGUGAAACUGGAAAAGAAUCAUCUGCAGUAACUCCAUGUUGAAGUUAUUACAGAGAGGAUCCUAAUGGGAUUAUUGUUAAUUAACAACCUUCUUUCAGGUGAAGCAACUCAUCUAAGCAACCACAUGCAUGAAAGAAAAGAGUUAACUCAGA